AUCAUCAUCAUCAUCAUCACCAUCCUCUGAUCUGAUCCUCGCCGUCAUGUCGCUCCUCCGAUCAUCUCUCCCUCGCAGCGUCAGCCGCUCGCUCAACUCGGCGCCACUCUCACAGAGGACCGUAGCGGCUGCUCCUAGCCUCGUUGGCAGCGCAGCACCUCGAUCCCUCUCGACAUUGGCGAGGAACCCUCGCGCUCCUCGUCGUGCAGCGGCCGCUCUCAAGGUCCCGUCGAUCCUCUCGCGCAGCUACGCCGAUGCUUCAGGCAAGUUCGUCCGCUCCAAGCCGCACAUGAACAUCGGCACCAUCGGCCACGUCGACCACGGCAAGACGACCCUCACCGCUGCCAUUACCAAAGUACUCGCCGAGUCCGGAUCGGGCAAGUUCGUCGACUAUGCUUCGAUCGACAAGGCCCCCGAGGAGAAGGCUCGCGGUAUCACCAUUUCGACGGCGCACGUCGAGUACGAGACGCCUAACCGCCACUACGCUCACGUCGACUGCCCCGGACACGCCGAUUACAUCCGUAACAUGAUUACGGGAGCUGCGCAGAUGGAUGGCGCCAUCAUCGUAGUAUCGGCUACCGACGGCCAGAUGCCCCAGACUCGUGAGCACUUGCUCCUCGCCAAGCAGGUCGGCAUUAAGAAGCUCGUCGUAUUCGUCAACAAAGUCGACCAGGUCGAUGACAAGGAAAUGCUCGAGCUCGUCGAGAUGGAGAUGCGCGACCUUCUUGGCACGUACGGUUUCGACGGUGAGAACACACCCAUCAUCUCGGGCUCCGCCUUGGCCGCUCUCGAGGGCAAGACGCCCGACAUUGGUUCCGAGGCCGUUCUCAAGCUCAUGGCCGCUACGGACGAGUGGCUGGAGCUGCCCCCUCGUGACCUCGAGAAGCCCUUCCUCAUGCCUGUCGAGGACGUAUUCUCCAUCUCUGGUCGCGGUACCGUCGUCACCGGCCGUGUGGAGCGUGGAACCAUUACCAAGGGGUCGGAAAUCGAGAUUGUGGGGAUGGGCUCGUCGAUGAAGACUACCCUGACGGGCAUUGAGAUGUUCCACAAGGAGCUGGACCGUGGAGAGGCAGGAGACAACAUGGGUGCUCUCCUCCGUGGUGUCAAGCGAGAGCAGGUCCGCCGCGGUCAGGUCCUCAUCGUUCCCGGUUCGGUCAAGCCCUGCAAGAAGGUGACUGCUCAGCUUUACAUCCUCACCAAGGAAGAGGGAGGUCGCUACAGCCCCUUCGGUCACGGUUACAAGCCCCAACUCUUUAUCCGUACUUCAGAUGUGACGGUUCAGUUGCACUUCCCCGAGGGCACGCCGGACGCGGAGGAGAAGCUGGUCAUGCCCGGUGACUCGGUUGAGAUGGUUGGAGACCUGGUACACGACAUUGCGCUCGAGGAGGGUUCGCGAUUCACGCUGCGUGAGGGAGGGAAGACGAUUGGUACUGGUAUCGUGACCAAGAUUAUGGGUUAAGCAUAAGCAGAUGACACGGUUGGGGAGAUGCUGCAUGCCUGAGAUGGCGCUCUGAUAGACCUUUUUGUUGCAAAAUUCGAAUGAUGAACGAGGAGCUGCGGUUGCCUCUCAUCUUCGCCCACUGUAUUCAAGCAUGCGUGCCACCACCGCUCCCUUUUUUCGUUAACGAUAACAUGAGCUCGCGA